CAAGACCGCAAUCACUCUGUUGAAAAAAAAGUCACGUCUCAGAAACACAAGUAAGCCGACACCUCUCACUGGCUUUAUCUUCUCAAUUCAACAGUUCAACACCAUAACUAAUCCACAAAGCAGGAUGACUACACCACAGCAGCCAGCCCAGCUCCCUCAGGGCAACCCAAGCCCCCGUCACUCUUCACUCCGUCCCCGACCCCUCGCUUCUCGGCGCGAUGCGAGCCAGCAGGCCAACCCUGACCAUACACCUGCUCCGAAGAGAGCCCGUCCUAACACUCCGGCCAACGCGAGCGGUGCAGCGUCCAGCGGCCGCGCGAACAUGAGCGGUCAGCGUGUUGCUAAUACUGGGGCUGGUGCUAACAGCCAGGUGGGCGGCGGUAGACAGCAGGCUGGUGUUAAUCAGGCCCGGGUUAGUCCGGCUGGUGUUAGUCAAGCUGGUGUUAGUCAAGCUGGUGUUAGUCAAGCUGGUGUUAAUCCGGCCGGUGUUAAUCAGGCCGGCGCCAACCAGGCCAGUACCAACCAGGCGAGUGGCAAUCAUGCGAAUGCCCACCAGGCAAAUGCCAGCCAUGCCAGUAACAGCCAGGCGAAUGUCAACCAGGCGAAUGGCAACCCAGCGAGUGCCGCCCAGCCAGGUAUCAACCAGGCCGGUGGAUUUGGAGCCAACCAAGGGAAUCCACUCCCCCCCAAUUUCUAUCAUUUGUUCCCGUCCUUCGCCGAGCAAUACAACCGUUGCAACAUCGCGAUCUUCCACGUUGGCCCGACCCCUGUAAUCUUCCACGUGGACGUCGACACCCUCCUCGUCCGCAGUCCCAACUUCCAUAGAUUCUGCAUGGUCGAGUGCGCCGAGCGCGGCGAGCAGCACAAGCCCCCCAUCAUUCGCCUCCCCGACCUCUGCCCCACCACCUUCACUUCCUUCCUCAAAUGGAUGGGCAACGGCGAUCCUUUCGGCGGUCGCUCCCUGCCCAAACUCACGCCCUUCUUUAGCCUCUGGCGCUUCUCCGAGAGGUUCCAGUGCUUCCUGCUGCAGUCCGACCUGUUGGCGUACCUGCAGCGCUGGCUGGGGAGCCACCGCGGCCUCUUCGGGGUCUCCGUCAUCAGGCUCGUCUACACCAUGUUUGACCGGGAUUCGCACAUGCGCAAGAUGGUGGCCGAGGUCAAUGCCUGGCGCUCGGGGCUGGCGGACCUCCAGAACACCAAGGCUGACGUCCCGCGCGAGUACAUCGAGGAUCUGGCCGAGGCGCUCUUGGCUGUCCGCAGAACUGAUCCGCUCACUGGACUGCCCGGGGACUUCGUUGCGCGCUACAUGCCAAUGGAGGAGGAGAAAGUGCCGGGCUCGGAUUUGGAGUAGGGUGUCCAAGUUACGAGUCCGGUGGGUUCCUCUGCCGUCGGUUGUUGCUGCUGUUGCUGAUGAGGUUGGUGGUGGGUUCGGUUUGCUUGCUUCGAGAUGGAACUCUUCGCGGCGGUAAGCUUGAGUGGAUAGCUUAUGCGUUGAACCUCAAUCCCCCAGAUUGUUUUUUUUUUCUACAUUGCUGUUGUGUGAUUUCGUGAAGUUGCCUUGUUAUUCGGGAUAUGGAUGAAAACUGGAAUGUCUCUCCAAAUAUCUUAAAAUUUGUGUUGACUCGGGAGAUUGACUUUUCUGUACUCAGCUUGUGACAUUAGGAGUCUAAAUUGAACUGAUACCGGCCUUAGUACUGCAUAGUCAAACGUAGAGCAGAUAUAUG